GACUUGAAUCUAUAUCCUUCUUAGAAUCAUACAAAACACCAUGUAAAAUCUUCACUAAAUGGUAUAUAUACCAUACUCCCUCAUAACUAGGUACCUACCUACAUUAAAUCUUCCAUCCACCAGCUAAACAUAUCUUCACAACGUCAAAUCAUGUCUAAUCUAUCUAAUACAAUGCUAACCCCAACACCCAAUUCCAUCCGCGCCCUCCAAGCCAUCAGCAUAGCACUCCUCACCACCACCGCCGGGGCUAGCGCAAGCCUCUCUAUCUUCCUAGUCCCGCGGCUAAUGGAGUCCCCCACGCCCCUCAUGGUGGGGCAGUUCCUGCGCGCCGUGUCUUCCGCUCGGCGACGAUUGACGAUCCCGUUAAUACUUCCCGGCAUCCUGCACGCGUACCUAGCGUACUUGGUACCCGUAAAGGCCCGUAUGUACGUUAUUGCGGCUACUCUGACACUUAGCACGUUGCCGUGGACGCAUUUCGCGAUUACCCCGCUGAACCGUGAGUUGGAGGGGCGAAUCAUGACUCUGGAUGCGGAGGAGUUCGAGACUGCGCACCAGUUGGUGGACUCGUGGGCUACGCGGAAUUUGUACAAACCUGUUGUGAAUUUUGCGGCUGGCAUUAUUGGACUAUAUGCUGCUCUGUGGUAAAGACUGAUAGCAUGGGUUUGGCUUUAGCCUUAGCACCAAACUCUCAGGAAUCGGGAAUAAGGGUGUUAUAUUGGACGAUUUUAUUGACCUCGGGCGAUGCUGACUUAUUUGAGCACAAAGACUAUCACGGAUCUCAGUAAGAUGUUGCUAAGAUAAUACUUCGACUAAAAAGCAGGCCACUAUCACUAUAUUCAAGACCAACUCAAAGUCCAUUCACCUGACCAAGCACCACCCGCCGUUAACGUAUCGAGACCUGUGAUCGUUAGGAUUUUACUCGAGUCCUGUAAACUCCACGCGCUACUAGGGACUUCUUUCCCGUUCAACUCUAACUUAGAUAUGGCAUCUUGAGCUCCUAGGAUCGUCACGUUGCCCAGCACAUUCUUGUCUUCGAAAUUUCCGCGAGGCGUGGCCUUAAGUGACGAGUUUUCAACAGUGAACUGA